GAACAACCAAAAAGAAAAAUCGGUUUACGUGGAAGAGAUCAAAUAAUUCUAGUAAAUAAUAACUCAAUAUACUAAUUAUUGUUACUUUAGAUUGUUAAAAAUAUAUUAUAUAUAAAUUGUGCACAAGAAGUAUCAUGAUUGAAGUAACCGAUUUACAAAAAAUCGGCAUAGGCCUGGCUGGUUUUGGUGUCUCCUUUCUAUUUUUGGGUGUGCUAUUUCUUUUUGAUAAAGGAUUAUUAGCAAUCGGCAAUUUACUUUUCCUAAGCGGUCUUGCCUGCGUAAUUGGGGUCCAGCGUACAUUCCGGUUUUUCUUUCAAAGGCAUAAAGUUAAAGGAACUACAGCCUUUUUUGGCGGAAUUUUUGUAGUACUACUUGGUUUUCCUAUGAUUGGUAUGGUUAUUGAACUGUAUGGAUUCUUUGUGUUAUUCAGCGGAUUCUUCCCAGUGGCAAUCAAUUUCUUAGGACGAGUGCCUGUGUUAGGUUCUGUUCUGAAUGCUCCAUUUAUCCAAAAGCUUGUACAAAAACUUGGUGGUGAUGGUAAUCGAACGACGGAUUCCACUUUCACAUGAAAAUACUCGACUUAAUGGCGAUUUUUGUAUGCUCAAUUUGAAAA